AUCCCAACCACGCAUGUGCGAAGAGGCCUCUUCAAACUUUCCAGAUCGCCAACUUGGCUUGUUGUCACACAUUUCUGUACCUCCCUGUCCCGAUUUUGACGCAGGACUCAAGUCUACAGCAUGCAGGCGAACGAAUGGGCGGCGAAACUCCGGCGGUUCGAUGCCUACCCCAAAACUCUGGACGAUUUCCGCGUCAAAACCUUCGGCGGAGCUGCCGUGACCAUCAUCAGUGGUUUCUUCAUGAUUCUCCUGUUUGUGUCAGAGCUGCAGUACUACCUGACUCUAGAGGUAACAGAGGAGUUGUUUGUUGACACCUCGCGAGGGGAGAAGAUGAGGAUCAACAUCGACAUCAUGUUUCCUAAAGUACCUUGUGCAUACCUGAGUAUAGAUGCCAUGGACAUCGCAGGUGAACAGCAGAUAGACGUGGACCACAAUCUGUUCAAGAGGAGGAUGGACCUGCAGGGAAAUGUACUGGAUGAACCGGAGAAAGAAGACUUAGGAGACCCAUCAGAUGAGUUUAUUCAGGCAAUAAAAAAGCUGGAGAACAAGACAGCAGACAUGUGUGAAAGCUGCUAUGGAGCUGAGACUGAUGACUUGAGAUGCUGUAACACCUGUGAGGAUGUAAGAGAAGCCUACAGGAGAAAAGGCUGGGCCUUCAACAACCCUGACAGUAUCGAGCAGUGCAGGAGGGAGGGCUGGUCCGAGAAACUCAAGCAGCAGAAAAACGAGGGCUGCCAAGUGUACGGCUACCUGGAAGUUAAUAAGGUAGCAGGAAACUUCCAUUUUGCUCCUGGAAAAAGUUUUCAACAGCAUCAUGUACAUGUACAUGAUCUACAACCAUUUGGUGGAGAAAAGUUUAACCUGAGCCACCAUGUGAACCACCUGAGUUUUGGAACAGACAUUCCAGGGAGGGUCAACCCACUAGACGGACAUGUGAUAGCAGCUAAACAAGGUUCCAUGAUGUAUCAGUACUUUGUGAAAAUAGUUCCAACCAUUUACAAGAAAAUUAGUGGACAGGAAGUGAGAACGAACCAGUUUUCGGUGACGAAACAUCAGAAGCAGGUAACGGCCUCAUCAGGAGAACAGGGCUUGCCUGGUGUGUUUGUCCUGUACGAGCUUUCACCCAUGAUGGUGCAGUUCACAGAAAAACAGAGGUCUUUUAUGCACUUCCUAACUGGAGUGUGUGCCAUUGUAGGUGGGGUUUUCACAGUUGCUGGGCUGAUAGACUCCCUCAUCUACCACUCAGCCAGGGCAAUCCAGCAGAAAAUAGACCUGGGGAAGGCAUCAUGAUGAAACACCCAUGUGAUACCAUUUUAAAACCAAAUAAACAUUAUGCUUUAAGUGUAGCCUGGGACCCAGCCUUGUUGAGCUUCUGCCUGCUCCAAUUGUUACUACCACAGUAACAGUAGGAGCAGACAAGGCUGGAUGUCAGGCUACAGAACAGUAUGUGAUCAACCCAUAGAUGUCCCCAAAAUCGUUGUUUUAAAAUUUACAGCAAAUUUACUUGGCAAUGUCUUUACAACACACUGGAGUUUACAUCAAAGAAGGUUAGACAUUCAAACAGAACAGUACAUGAUACAAAAUCAAUCAAUCAACUGAGUAAAUUCUCUAGAAGAGUUAGAUGAUGUUGCAGACAUUUUUCUCUAUAUUUUAUCUGCCACUGAUGUUAUCUUUCAAAACUUCUGUUAUCUGAAACAUCUAACUCUUUACAGAAUUGAUCCAGUUGCUUGACUUAUUUUGUAUCACAUGCUGAGGUUUGUUCAGGUUUGAAAUUUUCAGUUCAGUUCUGGUUUAAAAUACAGUUCAGUUCUGGUUUGAAAUAGUUUCAGAUUUUCAUGUCCUAUUACAAGCCUUCAUAUGCUGUCAUUUUCAACAACAUACAAUGUACUAGUAGUGUGGAAGGAAGCUAAGAAUUCCCAAGAAAUGAAUUCCCAAGAAAGUCAUCUGUCUUGGCUUUCGUCAAAAAGUCUGUGCCUUACAACAUCCAUCACCAAAUAAUAUCUUUUAUUUACAGAGUGAUUUGUCUUUAGAUGAAUGCAAAUUACUUUUAUGUGAUGAAAAAUCAGUACCAGUUCUCAAAUGUGUUCGAUACUUGCGACAAACUCUGACAAAUGUAUUUUGAAUAUCUUCGCAACAUGAUAGACUGUACAUAAUGUUUCAUCAUUUCCAGUGGAAGUGUGAAUAUGUCAGACAACAUUUGGCCCAUAGGAUGUAAAUAACAAGUAGAGUUAGUUGGAUGUGCAUUCAGCAAGCUACAGUCAAACCUGCUCAAGCAACCAUCUCCAUAAGCAGGCGUUCUGGCCAUGACAACCGCAGCCCUAAUUUUCGGACUUGCGUGAGCUGGCGCGACCACUUGUCCAAAGCGACCGCGACCCGCACUAUUUGCGACCGCAAAUAGACUAAUAUCUGCCUAUGCAUUGUUGUCAAACGUGUGGCAGAAAAUGCUUCUUUGAGAAUAACUUGCAAGAAUCAGUUUGCCAUUGCACCAUAUAAAAUGGCGCCAACUGGUUCACCAUUGGUGGAAAUUUUCUGCGGUUUUCUUGUUCUCCAUCCUACCAUGUCACCAUGCUUUUUGCGUAAGAAGACCACUUUUUUCUCAGUUCCCUUGGUGGUCUUUUUAGACAAGUUUGACUACAAUAAUAUGUGUUGAAUUUUUUUUAAGGACAUAUCUUGCCAUUUUCAAACCAAAAAAAUUAUAUGUAUCUGUAUUUCAACUGAACUAUGUGAAAGGUAUAUACUGUGUGUGGAAUGUUUUGAGGGGUUAAGGUAUUGAGCUGAACAUUUUUCUUUUGGUGGCGGUGCAAACAUGUAUCCUGGUCUUGGAAACAUUGUUACAUUUUUGAGCUGUUAGAAUACAUGAAAACUAUAAUCAUUAUGGUAAUGUGCCAAAUAACACUUAAAUGAAACAUUGGUUAAAUGGAUGUGUGGCAAUACUUUAAAGGAGAGUACUGACUGUGAAUCAUGACGUAUUCCCAAGAUAGAAUUUUUAUGAUUUUGGAAUCGCCAGCAAUUCGCUUUUGUUGGUACUGUUGUUUCUACUAGGAACACGAAAAUGCGACAAAAUUUGUAUGUUCACUGCAGCGCAAAAUUCAGGUGCCAUUAAUGAACUUAGAGUUAUACCAACCCAAUACCCAAUGUUCUCUUGUGAGCAUUCUGUCAGCUUGCAUCCUGGAAUAAUUUUGAAUGAUUUUUAUGCUCAUAGAGAAACAGUUUUACCAAAGUGGGUAUGUGUAGAUAUUUAUGGUUUCAAAGCAAAUAUUUCAAUCAAUUUAGGGCUAUAACUAUAAAUCAUUAGAGAUAAUAUAAAUCAGUUCUAUUGUACAAUGUAUGUUAAAAUUCAACAAAUAGCAGUGAACUGAAAGACAACUCAAGAAUGAAUUUUAUUGUCCAAAGUUGUCUGAGGUCUACAUGGGGUAAAAAGGUUAUGACAUAAUUAAGAAUGGGUGAGGUAAUUGAUAUGUUCUAUUUUUAAGGUGUUCAGUGCAUAUGAGGCAGUUUUUGUAUUGAAUACCAUCAACUGAAACUCAUUCUUUUCGCAAAGGAUUUUUGAUCUUUUCCUAUUUCUCUUCCUCUUGGGCUGUAUAUACCAUCGCUACCAGCACCAUUUCUUAGCAUUGUGUACAUGUAUGUGCAAUUUGUAGUGAAUCAUAGUGCAAUUUGUGAGAUGUUUAUUUCGUUUUAGUGCACUUCAAUAAAUGUCUUAAAAUUA